AUGUCGUUGCACAACUUGUGUCAAGGCGUGAAUGUGGUCGAGGCAACAGAAAUUUCUUUGGAACUCAGCUUGGAACGUCGGUUGGAAGCCGUCGAGCUUCGUGAACAACUUGUGAACGACGGAUAAAAGUGGGAAUGGUCGGAAAUUGUUCAGAUCGGUCAGAUUGCCGUCCUUCGGUAUGAGGAUGGUUUUUGAAACCUUCCAUCAGUCCGGGAUCAACGUGUUUUUCAGAUAAUUGGAAAAUUCUUGGGCGAGAAGAUGGUUCAGGGCGUUUCCUCUCGACUUCAAAGCUUCUGACAGGAUGUUGUCAGGUUCAGCUGCCGUUCCGUUUCUCAGCUUUUGGAUCGCAGAGUCUAUUUUUUCGGCAAGGAUUGGAGACUCUUUUUCUGACAAUGGUGUUGCUGUUUGAGGUGACACAAUGCUUCUCUUCAAAAAUCCCAAGUAGCAGUCGGUUAAGAUGAUUAAUUAUCAUGAUUAGUUAAAUAAUUUCGACCAAUGACAUCAAAGUCUUUCCUCAACCAAAUAAUUCAGAAAACGAAAACGACGUACAACGAGCAGCCUACGUUGGCCGGGGAAAAUUCCGUUGAAGAAAGUGAAAAAAAAAUCAGAAUUUCUAAUAUUUUUUUUGUCUCUAGAUGCUCUCGACUGGUACGCUCACAUGCAAAUUCAGAACUAUGUAAGCUUUUUUUCACAACAACAAUAGGCUUGAAAAACAAAAAAUUUCUACAAAAAUGAGUACUUACUUAAUGAAAAAUACCGAAGGUUUUUGAAAGUUUAUCAGUAGAACUAAAAAAGAAAAAAACAGUAUUACCAAAAAAAAAAAUUCAGUCACAAAAGUCUAAAAAAAAUGUUCAAGCAAAAACUAUUAUUUUUUUCAGAAUCAAAUAACGGUUCACAACUGGCAACUCAAUGGUAUGGUGACUGGAAACGGGGACGAUGUCGGAGAAGGUGAAAAAAACUCAUUUUUUUCUAUUUUCUUUUUUUCGUAGAUAUUCUUCGCUGGUAUGCCUACCUGGCAGAGUGCCAACAUUAUGUAAGUUUUUUAUAAAAAUAAAUCAAACUAAAAAAAUCUGAAAAAUCAGUACGUGAAUCGAUACUUUAUUCGAAAAAAACAUUCUGAAGGCCUGUUAUAAAAAUUUUUUUACUUUAUAAAACAGCGGAAGCAAGCAUUUUUUUAAAACUUUAUUUAAAAAAACCUAAAAAUGAAAAACAAGGAGAAAGAGUUUCGGGAAAAAAAUUAAUUAAUAUUUUUUUAAGAAUCAAAUGACGUCCUACAACGAUCAACUUAAUGGUACGAUGACUGAAAACGGAAUAAACGUUGAUGAAGGUUGAAAAAAAGUUAAACCUUUUUUCAAGUUUUUUUUUGUAGAAACUCUCCCCUGGUAUGCCUACUUUGAAUGGUAUCAAUACCAUGUGAGUUUUUUUGCUCUCUAAAUCAAACUGAAAUAGUGAAGAUAGGUACAUAAUUUAAUCCAAAAAAAUAUAAUGUUAAUCAUUCAUGAUAAUAAGAUAUUUUUUUGUAUGCGAGUUCAAAUGACCCAAUUGAUUUUCAUUCAGAAUUUAUGCAUUUUUUUAAUUUUCAAUGAUACGUAGAGUUUCACCUAAAAAAAGUAUUCUCAAGGAUCCUUAGUGAGAAGAAUAUUUCAAAAACUCUUUUCAAGCUUCUCAACAGGCCUUUCUCGUUUCCGUCAAACAAAUCGGUUGUAAGCAAAACAUUUGGCGCAAAAAGUUCUUCAAUUGUGUAUAUAUUUUAUCUUUUCCCAUAUUCUCAAGAAAAUCAAGAAAUUGAUAUCUGUAAGGAGAUAAAGUACAACUUCACACACUUCCGCAUAACUGGCCUAUUUACGUUGCUUUUUCAUGCGUAAAAUGUUUUUUCCAGAACCAAAUGGCGGCUUACUAUAAUCAAAGCGUUACGGUGGCGAACAACGGGAAUGUCGUUGAUAAAGGUGAAUUUUAUAUCUUUCUAUAAUUUUCACCUGUACAAAAGUUUUAGGCGAAGCCUUGUCAAACUACAACAAGGCAAACGAUUUGGUAGCUGGGACUAUAGAUCUGAGCGAAAUCCCUCUUCCGCCGGAGCCUUACCCAUCGGUUUGCUUCUGUUUUUUUUUCAGUUUAUUAAAAAAUUUAAUUAAUUUCAUCAUUAAAAAAAAAAUUUUUUUUAACUAUAUUUGUGAUCUUCACCUCACACACGAAGGAAAUGAUGAACAUCGCAGAUAUGGUUCAAACUUUUGUGGUGGGUAGUCCUAGCUAUGACAUAAUGAAUCAUGUGCUAAGCGCCCUAGCGUACUGAGAAAUAGCUCGUUGAAAAUAUGUAGAAAAAGCAUGAAAACGAACUCUCUUUGGAUUUUUGUUUAGAAGGUUUCUUUUUCGUAUUUUUUCAUGACAUAGUAAAUAACAGUAGUCGUUUCAAGAAUAUAUAAACCGAAGAAAAUCAGUUUUCGAGCUUUUUCCUUAUCUUAUUGUCAGUACCCUCUACGCUUGGCAGGUAAUCCUUUCCAUCAAGUACUCAUAUCUAGGUCUAUCUACCAGAGAAGACCAGAUCUGCCUUCAUCCCCUCAUACACUUUUUUUGUUAGAGGUUCUCUUUUCAACUGGAAAAGAACUCACACGGAGGUUCAUUUCAAUUUGCGUUCGAGAAUUUUCUGGAAAUCAACCAAAAUAUUUCUUAAUGUACCCAAAGAUGAUUCUGUAAGUUUCCAUUUGCUCUCCCUUAACCCUUGUUUUCGAAGAAAGAAGGCUCGAAACACAAAAAAGUCUUCUUCAUCAGAUUUAAAGGUUCUCCUUUUUUCUUUUUUUCUUAGUCUUUUUCAAAAACUUAAAAGUCCUGUAAAUUGACAAUUUCAUGAUCUUCAUUUCGUGCAUCAAGGAAAGUAUUUCUGGCCAACUUAUACAGGAUUUCCAACCACAGAGUGAAACGACAUCUUUUUUUUUCAAGUUAUUCCGACAGUCUAUUUUGCUAGCUGUCAAUGGUUUUUCUUUCCAUGAAUAAGAAAUUUCGCUAGUUCGAAUUUUCCGAAUAUCCCUCUAAUUAAUCAAAUAACGUUCUGACUUUUAAAAGUCUUGGCUUUCUCAAUUUCUUUCGUUUCUGUUUGAAAUAAGUUCUGCUCAGAAUUUUAACGGUUUGUUUUUCUUUUAGAAUGAUUCUCGUCUCUCUGGGCCAAAAGAAGUUUCUCGCGGAUGACCGGCAACACCCUGAAUCAACUGCUUUAUUCGUAUCUUGGCUUUCACUUAUAAACUCAUGCAUUGCAUUAAUUAUCCUCAAGAUUUUGAGAAGUCGGGUUUUUUCCCAUCCAUAGAAAAUUCUUUCGCUUCACUUACUGUAUAAAUGCAUUUCUUUGUUUUCUCUCUUUUUUCUCAAAUUGAAUAAAUGUUUUCGCCUCAAAAUAUCAAAAAUUCUGCAAAUUGAUUUCUGUCGCCUGAAAAAGACGUAUGAUCUUAGAGCUUAUGAAACAUUUGAUUUCAAUUGAGUUUUUUAGGUAAACUGAAUAUUUUGAGAAACGCUUUGAAACCAGUUGUUCAAGUGUGAAAAAUGUACAAAAAGUUUAUAACUGUUAGGUUAAUAAUAUGAAUGAAUGAAGAAAUAAUUAUAAGUUCGACUCUACAAUUUGGAAGACAGAAGGGAGUCUUGAUCGCUUUUCUGUUUUGAAAUGUUUUGGGUUCAUAGUCGACUUGAAAUGAUGUAGUUUUAGAAUAAGAAAAAACCGACAAAAAAAAGCUCACCAGGGAAUGGUCUCGGGACGCAGUGGGACUUCUGAAUAAGACCAAUUUCCCUAGAUGCAGUUUUUCACGCUUUCUGUGAGUUUUGAAAGCGUGGUCAUGAUUACUUGGACCAUUUCAACUUUUUGAAACAAAAGAAAAACCAAAAAAAUUUUUUUUUCGAAAAAUUUUCAUACUCCAACCCAUGCUCAUACACAUGGAAAAUCACGAAAAAAUUCAUGAAUCAAAUUUUUGACAAAAAGAAGUGUAGGUGUUUAUAAAGGUUCAAAACAAAGUUUUCUCAUGUUUCUACGCUUCAAAACUCAAGCAAGGAGCACUUACACGAAAGUUUCGAAAAAGGAAAAAAAUGCAAAAAAAUUUUGCAGAGGAUGGGAACCGAACCCGUGACCUCGUGCUCGCCAGUUCGUCGCCUUUCCACUGCUCCUUGCUGCCGUUGCUUCGACGGUCGCCGGCUAGCAAUACCACACCGCGCGCGCAUUCUCUUGUGUUCGGCGGGGCUUUGA